AUGAUAAGGAAGCACUUGAGUACUGAAUUCAGCAACUUAGCGGACGGUGUCGCCGCGCCCUUUGACAAAUUUAAGAGGGAUACAUUAGCGAAGGCAGGCCAGUGGGAGAGCACGAUACGCUGUGACGACACCAAAGGUGGCUCACGGGUCUGGAUGAUGCGACAUAACCUCUCUCGAGGUCAAGAUUCGCAUCUGCCGGGUUACUCUCAAUCUGUGCUGCAAAACGUCAACAUAGACAACAAUCCCCUCUAUGUAGCCUUUACAGACUCAUUUCCCGGUUACUAUGACAAGAAAUACCUAUUACCCAGUGGCUCUUGGUAUGAGAGUAGGAAGUUCCGGUUGGAGCCAUUUGUAAAUAAUCGUGCUACAAUCGAAGAUGGCACAGAGGUUCGGAUACAAGCUACUAAUGGCUGGCGUUACCUUGCUAAGGGGAAGUCCGAACUAGUAACACUUCGAAAGUGGACGCUGACAAGGCUGACGAAUUCUUGGUUUCUUAAGUGA